AUGAAUGGACUAAAUGAAUCUGUUGUUCCUGAGUUUAUGUUGUUGGGACUCGCUAGUUCUUGGGAAACUAAAGUUUUUCUCAUGUUGAUAUUUUCCUUGAUUUAUUUGGGGAUCAUCCUGGGAAAUCUUUUCAUUUUCUUUUUGGUAAUUUUUGAUUCUCAUUUACAUUCUCCUAUGUACUUCCUGCUGGCCAACCUAUCCCUCAUUGAUGUGGGGCUUUCCUCUACCACAGUUCCAAAGAUGAUUACAGACCUUCUAAAUGAGUAUAAGAUAAUUUCUUUCCAAAGUUGUAUGACACAGAUAUGCUUCAUCCACAUCAUGGGAGGAGUGGAGAUGGUGUUACUCAUCGCCAUGGCAUUUGACAGGUACACAGCAAUCUGUAAGCCUCUUCGCUACCUGAACAUCAUGAACCCUAAAAUAUGUGUUUCAUUUGUAAUUGCUGGCUGGGUCAUUGGGGUGAUCCAUGCUAUGUCCCAGUUUGCUUUCAUUAUAAACUUGCCCUUUUGCGGUCCUAAUAAAGUAGACAGCUUUUACUGUGACUUUCCC